CGCUUCUCCCUAUGCAAACUCCAGGCCCCUGCCUUUCCUCACUCCACCAUUCUCCUGGUGCCAGUUGGGUGGUGAGGUGGGGCUGGGGAAGGGCUCCCACUGCCAUUCCUCACUUCCUUCUAGAGCAGGGGUUCUUCUGCAGUGUGGCCUGGACCUCCGCCCGCAACAGCAGCACCUGGGAGCUCCUUAGAAAUGCGAAUUUUCCUGGGGGUGGGGCCCAGUGAAAGGCUCACAAGCACCCCAGGUGAUCCUGUUGUAUGCUCAAGUGUGAGAGCCACUGGCCUAGAGCUUGGGUUCCUGCUGUUCUACUCAAGGUCGGCAGCAGCCCUGGGUAAGACAGGAAGAGAGUGGCAGGUGGAUAAAAGGAAAAAGCUGGCUUCCAUCCCCUGCCUUCUUCCUUAUCCACCAUAUAAUUCAUUAUUGCCCCAACCCAUACCCUCAUUUAUAUGGAUGUGAAUGUCUGUGAGAGAGCGCGAGCACACACAGGAACGCAUGCUUACCCGGGCACUGGCACCCAUGUACACACGCUCGCCCACCCAGGUCUCUUUAAGAGCUUUUCAGCUCCUAGAUCUUAUACAACUUGCGGAUUCUUCAUCUCAUAGAAGCAAAGAUUAGGAAUAGUAGUUAGAGUCUAGAUUAUGGUAACUUCAGCUGUGAUCGAUUAUGCUGUUAUGGACCCAGCUGGGAGCCUUCCUCCCCCACACCCAUGCCUGCCCAUUUAUAACAUCAUUUCUGGGAUAUUAGCACCUGCAUUGAAAGAUCCUGGCAACCUAACACAGUGACCCAUCUCACUGGGGGCUCAUCAGACGUGAAUGAGCUGCAUUGGAUGGAAACAGCUGACUUCCAAUACACUUUUGGAUCAUUGCACAGCAUGAACUAUCUGCUGUGUAUUAUUGGCUUCCAAUCAAGAGUCAGAGAAUUUGUGAGGCUAACUAGCAAAGGUUCGUGUGCUGUUUACAUCACAACUUUCCUUGUAGAAUCCUGGAGCAUGAGAUAGCCUCUUGGAGCAUGCAGGCUGUGAGAAGAACAGGGAGCAAAUCACAUUUGCAGUGAUUCAGGCUGCAACCUGAGACAACCUUCAGACAAGGAGAUGUUCAGCCGUUCAGUUACUAGCCUGGCAACAGACGCUCCUGCCAGCAGUGAGCAGAAUGGGGCACUCACCAAUGGGGACAUUCUUUCAGAGGACAGUACUCUGACCUGCAUGCAGCAUUACGAGGAAGUCCAGACAUCGGCUUCGGAUCUGCUGGAUUCCCAGGACAGCACAGGGAAGCCAAAAUGUCAUCAGAGUCGGGAGCUGCCCAGAAUCCCUCCCGAGAGUGCAGUGGAUACCAUGCUCACGGUGAGAAGUGUGGACGGGGACCAGGGGCUGGGGAUGGAAGGGCCCUAUGAAGUGCUCAAGGACAGCUCCUCCCAAGAAAACAUGGUGGAGGACUGCUUGUAUGAAACUGUGAAAGAGAUCAAGGAGGUGGCUGCAGCUGCACACCUGGAGAAAGGCCACAGUGGCAAGGCAAAAUCUACUUCUGCCUCGAAAGAGCUCCCAGGGCCCCACACUGAAGGCAAAGCUGAGUUUGCUGAAUAUGCCUCUGUGGACAGAAACAAAAAAUGUCGUCAGAGUGUUAAUGUAGAGAGUAUCCUUGGAAAUUCAUGUGAUCCAGAAGAGGAGGCCCCACCACCUGUCCCUGUUAAGCUUCUGGACGAGAAUGAAAACCUUCAGGAGAAGGAAGGGGGAGAGGCGGAAGAGAGUGCUACAGACACGACCAGUGAAACUAACAAGAGAUUUAGCUCAUUGUCAUACAAGUCUCGGGAAGAAGACCCCACUCUCACAGAAGAAGAGAUCUCAGCUAUGUACUCAUCGGUGAAUAAACCUGGACAGUUAGUGAAUAAAUCGGGACAGUCGCUUACAGUUCCGGAGUCCACCUACACCUCCAUUCAGGGGGACCCACAGAGGUCACCCUCCUCCUGUAAUGAUCUCUAUGCUACUGUUAAAGACUUCGAAAAAACUCCAAACAGCACACUUCCACCGGCAGGGAGGCCCGGCGAGGAGCCAGAGCCCGAUUAUGAAGCGAUACAGACUCUCAACAGAGAGGAAGAAAAGGCCACCCUGGGGACCAAUGGCCACCACAGUCUCGUCCCAAAGGAGAACGACUAUGAGAGCAUUAGUGACUUGCAGCAAGGCAGAGAUAUUACCAGGCUCUAGCAACCCAGAAGACAACCCUGGGUAGCCUGUGAUCAGUGUCUGGGGACGUUUCUUCUGUGGAAGAGAAGAAGUGACACAAACCUAUACUUCAUAUGCUGCUUUAGUCACCUGAAGAUGGUUGGAGAGGCCCUAACUGUUCUCCCAGUUGUUCAGUUUCUGAGACAGAGAGGUACGGACUAGGCUGCACCUGAGUGUGCCCCUGCCUGCCAGACGGACAGGCACACCCAAGCACAUCUCCCUGCUGCACCCUCACUGCCCACAAAAGAUCCCAGCUGUCAGUGGUCUCAUCUCAUUAGUGAGGAAAAACUGCACUCACCAAAGACCGCAAUGCCCCCGGCCUAAAGUACUGCUAUUCAGAAGAGCAGGUUUUUCUUCCUCUCUUUCCUUUUCUCUGUCUGCUAUUGACUUUAAGGCUUUUUCCCCCUUGAAAUGUCCAGAUUCCUAUGGUUCAUUCCAAGGAAAUUUUCACACAAAGCUUGGCCUUUGCCUUCAAUGUAGGUGUUUUAGGAUGGUGACAAACCAUGGCUGCUGCUUUCUGCCCAGCUCGCCAGUCCUCCCCAAAGAGCUGCGCAUCAGCACCUGGGAAUCUGGACCCUGCGGGUGAAGGGACUGGGGAGGGACGUCCCUGGAGUCUCUUCUGUCUUUGUUCCUUCUUAUUUUGGCAUUCUAUAUCAGCAGCCUCUCCCCAAAGUACUUGAAGUCAGUUUUAGAUGCUUUAUUUUAUUUUUCCAGUCAAAAACGUGUUUCCCCCAGUGUUUGAAAACUCGUCCGAGACUUUUCAGUAUUUUCCAUGAGUAUUGUGGUACUUCUAGACUUGUUUAAGCCCAGAACUCAUUCCUUCAAAACAGAGAGCCUUAAUCUUUAUGUUGGGACACAGACCACAUAUUUGGACGGCGGCCAUGCAUCCAUCUCUGAAGGGCUGUGGACAUGAAUGUGUAUUUCGCGUGGUCUCCGCUGCCCACACCAACAGUGUGGCAUCUCAUAAGUUAACUGCUACCCUAAGGUAGUCUAAGAUUAAAAUGUAAACAUUUAUUUUUGUUAUAUAAGUUUAUAAGAUGUUUUAUGUUCAAUGCCUAAUUUCUCAAAAGUGCCAGAAAAAAAUGUAUAUUAACUAUUUUGAUUUUAUGUACAAUGAUUUAUACUCUCCUUUUGAAAAGAUAUCAUAAAGCACAUAAGCUAGAUCAUUACAAGGAGCUGUUAUCUUUUUUCUGAUCAAGUGUUUAAAACACUGAUGGUUUUUAAAGACUCACCUUUUUAAAUGGUACUUGGAGCUCCUGAUUCAAAUUACCUACACCCCCUAGAGAAAUAAAUGGAAUAUACAUGAAUAAUCAUUUUCAGUGGUUUAUGGUGGGCAAUAUUGCAAUAUUUGAAAUGUAAAAAUGGAAAGAAGAACAAAAUAUGAUGAGAGGUGGCUGUGAAUUAUAAACCUCAUAAAAGAGUCAUAAUUCCAUUAAGGUUUAAUUAUAUUUUUUCAGAAAACAGUGAGGAAUUCUGUAGUCCAGUGCUUGCCAAUGCAAAUUGCCUAUUGGAAUCUUCUUCCAAUAUUUUACAAACAUCAGUGGCUGAAAUAGCUCAGAGUAAGAGCUCAGCCUGGUUUGAAUUUAAUCAUCUCUUUAGAUCUUAUAAGGCCAGCAUUAGGAAACUUGUUCACUUUUCAUUUUCAAAGGAGCCUAGUUGAAGUGCUGUUAUGAGUGUGGGCUAUGGAAAGACAGCUUUUCCUACACUGAUAAAGAAAAAAAUGAGGAAAUUAUUUCAUCCCAUUGUGACAUCUGUGACUUCCUGGAUUUAAUAAUCUUGCUGUUUUUCCUCUUUAUGACAAAGAAUAUAAUUGGGAGGAUGAAGUGUCUUAAAAAUUGUAGAGACCAGCUCACUGGAAUGUUUUUCCAUCCUGUAUUCACGGCUUGACUUUGUGACUGCUCUACACUGCAUUUCUGACAUUGCGAAGUGAGCUAUGUUGAGGUAAACUGGUUGGUUGUCAUUAUUUUGCAGUCAGCCUGGUCUCUCCCAUGACGAUGUCAUGUGCAUAAGCACAAUCAUCACUGAUUAGAAGAUCAUAGCGGAAUACCGUUGGAUUAGAGAGAAGUUUGUACCUUGCAUUUCUCUGAAUUCUAGUCUCUCAUAAGCACUGCUUUGCCUGGUGAUUUUCACUGCUUUGUGUUAAUGACUUUGAGUGAUCUCUCACAUGAUGGGGUUCUUUAGUACAUGGUAACAGCCAUGUCAUCUUACACAACUAGCAUUUGCAUGCUGUAGUAACAUCCUUUAUAGGCACCUUACAGCUCAAAACUUUUGUUUCAUUUCAUGCCUUACUUAUCAAAAAGGCAGGAAAGUAGGUAUGAUCUCUGAAGUAAAAAAAAAAAAAAAAAAGAAAACCUUUUUAUAGAAAGCUCAUAAAUAAUCAUGUCAUUUUGCAAUUUCAUUACCAAAAUUUUCCCCAGAAGUUUUCAAAUAUUAGUUCUGCAAUGUGGCCAUGAAAUAUGCACUGAAAUAUACCUUUUAAUUUGAGAACCAGUGGUUACAAUAAGCUGUGAUAUAAAGUAUUUUCAGUGUACUUUUAAAGGAACUAUAAGGCCCUCCAGCAUAAACGCUAAAAGAAUAGAUGGUAGCACAGGCCAUGAGGGCUGGGGGAGAGAAGCAGAGUGAACCUUAGAAAGAUGGCUCAGUUCUUUGGAGCACUGGAUAUUUUACUGAAGUGUAUUUACUGAGGCACCAUCACUGUUUUGACUAUACAGUAUAGUUUUUCAUAAAUUUCAUCACAUUUGCUUUGUUCAGAAUCUGGGCUUGAAUCUUUGAGUUGGACAAAAGCCUAUGGCUUCUUUUAAAAAGUUUCACCUUGAGCUAAUGCUACAGUUUAAAUAAAAUGUAUGAAAGGUAGUUAUCAAAAACAAUUUGUAUAUUUAAAAUUCUAUUUUGACAUCCAUUUUUUACAGCGAAUUAUAGCAGGUUAUGUGAAAUUUAAAAAUAAAUUUUAGGAAAUUUUUUUUAUCUUGUAAGUAAGAAUUAUAAAUCUAUCUCAGUUAAAAGUAGGAUCUUUGUUUUUAUUCAGAUAUUUUGAAGGUUUAGAAGCAUUUUGUAUGCUACUUUUGGUAUUUCUUAAGUAUAGUCAGCAGGAAAGGGUAACCUGUUUUAUGCGAAAUUUUUUUAAUUUGUCAAAUGUUUUUAGUGUGUCUACUUUCUGAAAUAGUCUCAAUAUCCUGUCUGUAUCCUAGGCAGAUAACUACACAAGAACAAAACGCUAUAUAGAAAAGAAAAUAUUUGAGGAAAUCUUAAAUUCUAUAAGAAAGUAAUUCUUGCAAGAAUGUUGGCUACAUAUUUUUUUUCUGUCUUGAAUAAAUUACAUCAUUAGGUCUGUUGAAGCUUUUGAAGCUACCACUAUUCUUUGUGGGAAAAAGGCUAAUUACUGAUUUAUCUGCCCUCAAAAUCCCAGAGUUACUUCUAAUUGAGUACUAAAUUAACAGUAAGUAGUUAACACAGAGAACUAAACUUUAACCGCAUUAUGUCACUGUAUAUAUUUCUCAUGAUUUUUGCCAAUUAGAGCAUUUACUUAACCAGUAAUAAACUACACACACACACAGACACCACACACACACACAUACAUAUAUGUGUGUGUAUAUAUACUUGGCUCUGAAACAACUCUGGUGCUUAAUUAGGAUAUGUUCUAUUAUGUAUUUUGAAUGUUUAUCCUGCUAGUGUGAUGAACUUUUGUUGGAAAAGCAGAAUUAGAAGGAACAGUUUUUCAAUCAGUUUCAUUUAGUAAUUACAGGAAAACCUUGAGUUGCUCUAAUUUAAUUUUUCCAAUUAAUACAUUUAGACUUUAAAUUGCAUCCAUAAUUCUCUUGGCUGAAAAACAGUAGUAUUUUAAGACAGUUUUGUUAUACAUGUGACUUACUUUUGACUCAGCCUGAGAGGAGGAAAUGUAAAGAGAUAAGAGAUUUGGCCUAAAGCAGCAAGAGACUAGUAACCUUGAGCCAGGAUGAAGCCAAGACAACGUGACUCCCAAGUAGCAGGAGCAGAGGUCGGUCACCUGUGGCAUUCUGUUUCAUUCCCUUUUAAAAUUAUGAGACUUUAUAGGCAGUGUAAAACAUAAGCAGGCAGCGAUGUGAUAGGAUGUGCAAAAAAGCUGAUCUGAUACCAUGGCUAUAAUUACAGAGCUUUAGUUCAAUUAGGAUUUUGUAAAUGAGAAAAUGACCUUUUUUUCCAGUGCCCCUUGUAAUAGUUAAUAUGAGUCCAUGCAAUCUUGUGAUGCCAUUCUCCUGAAGGUGUUGAUUUCUGGUACCCAGCCAGCUUAGCUUUGGCUGCUGGAAGCACAGCAGGUACUGAUGAUUACUUCCUGGAAAUCUUGACAGGCUUAUUGUACUGUGUAAUGGGGAAAAGUUAAAGUAUAAUGUUUGGUGUUAAUAAGUGACUGAUGUGAAAAUAGGAACAUGUGUCUUUAAUAUCAAAUAUGGCUUUAUUUGCAGUGAAAUCUAAAUUCCUUAUUCCACGGUAGUAUUUUCUUGCCCUGUGUUGUAUAUUUUCCUAAAUACAUUUUUCCUGACAGUGGCUUUAGGCCAGUUGAUCACACUUAGACUGAAAGUGUUUAACUUAAAGAGAUCAGUCCAGAAACCAUGAUAAAUUAGAAUCUUUAUCUGGAAUUACCAAAUUAAAAUUUAAAAUCAUGGUCCAGAAGAGAACAAACAUUCAUGGUUUUUUUUUAAUCCCACUGCUCAUUUUUAGGUCUGUGUUUACAUCUAGUCUCUACUAUUUGUGAAGUAUGUCAUUUUUUUUUCAAGUUCUUCUUUGACUUAACUGAAAAAUAAUAUUCCAAAUUCUUAAUUUAACAUGAAAAGAGAAAUACAAUUUUUGCUUAAAAGACAUUUUUUAAAAAGCGUUCAAUUCGGUAAUCAUUUCUGUUAAUACGGGAAGUUUUUUUGGCUUGCCAGUUAUAUACUGUGGGUAUUUUUUUAAAUGUGCUAUCCUUGGGUUGUCUCAUAUCACCUUGCGUAAUCAUGUAUUACAAAGGUUGGUAAUUGUCAUUUCUCAGAUGUCUGUAUGUUACAUUGGCAGCAGUAAAAUGUUUUAAUGUUACCUUUUAAAUAAUUGUGUUGUAUUAACAUGGCUCAUAUUUUCUGGGGAAACUUGAAAUAUAUCUAAACAAAAAAGGUCUUUUAUAAAUAAGAAUUGGCAUUUCAUUGUUAAUGUUUUUUCCUCAUAAAAAUAGUUACACCAAAAGUGACAUACUGUCUAUUACAUGGGCCCAAUCAGUAUUAAAGUACUCCCCUUACUCAAAAAUAUUAAAAAAUAAUUCAUGACACUUAGUAGCAUUUUCAUUGAUUGUUUCAAAAGAUCUUCAUAAUGGUCAAAUUGUCCAAUUCACAAAAGAGUGAGAAAGUUGUUUUCAGUACUGGGAAUUUUUAAACCUUAGUUUUAAGACCAAAAAUAUCUCUUAUUAGCUUGAACAUUUUGUGAUUACUUUUCCCUCCCCAGAUCUAGUCCUUUAAGGAGUAAGUCUAAAGAAUGAGGCCAUGAAGUCACUAUUUCCUCCCACCUCAGUUUGUCUCCUGGUACUUAGCUGGCCUAUCGCUUUGUGUAGCAAUACCCCUGGGUCUCUUCCCCACUCAGCCUUCUGUGUCUACUAUUCACAGGACAUGCCAUUAUGUCUUUCCAGUACGGAUCACAGUGCUGCCAUAUCACAGACGGCAUAGAACCAUGCCUCAUCACAGCUCUGCCCAACUCACAGGCUGCCAAGAUGAGGCCACAGGUCCACCUAGGGCGGCAGAUGCUGGUGCUAUUUGUCAUGACUUUUGCCAAAACACGUACACUGUUGCUCACAUCUUUCAUAAGAAUGGUUGACACUAAGGGGCCAUGGAAAAGCACUUUUAAAAAAUUAUGUGGUGGAAUCAAACUCACAGAGGCAGAAAUGUUAGCGCCAUGCUCUAACCAAGUAAGCUUAGUGUUCCCCACAGUGCUCUCCUGGGUCUCCUCAAGUGGCAACCCCCACUGUUCAGCAUGUGGAAGGUAGAUCCUUAUGACAACACCAGACCCAUAGUUACCAGGAAAGAAAAAGGAAGCUGAGUGUUGUGAAGGGGAAGAAAUCCUUUUUAUAAGAAGUAAUCAUUUUUAGGCCGGGUGCAGUGGCUCAUGCCUGUACCCAGCACUUUGGGAGGCUGAGACAGGUGGAUCACUUGAGGUCAGAAGUUUGAGACCUGCCUGGCCAACAUGGUGAAACCCUGUCUCUACUAAAAAUGCAAAAAAAAUUAGCCAGGCGUGGUGGCAUGUGCCUGUAGUCCCAACUACUCAGGUGGCUGAGGCAGGAGAAUCACUUGAACCUGGGAGGCAGAGGUUGCAGUGAGCUGAGAUCGCAACACUGCACUCCAGCCUGGGCGACAGAGCAAGACUCCAUCUCAAAAAAAAAAAAAAAAAAAAAAACCUUUUUAAAGUAAAUUGAGUGUAAAAUGUUUUCGCCAUGAAGCCAUUGCACCCUCUCCCCCAGGAAACAGUGCCUAAGGAUGAUGUCAAGUUAACAGCCAGUUUGCUCUGAUCCCCCAGGACCUAAGAAAACAGUGAGUGCUUCAGCAUGCAAAGGUAGAGCUACCAGAUAAGGAGAAUAACUUGGCCAUUUAUAGCAAACUGCCUGACUUUGGAGUGAGAAACCAAGCACCUUCUAGGUCCUAGGAUAGGUGAAUUGGAGGUGCAGCUACUGAAGUUCUCAUUUUCUACAUACUUCAGGAGCCAGGGUGUUUCAUUUUGGUUUUGUAAAACUUUGCUGUAAGUCAUCACAGUUAAUUCUUUGAAUGGAUAUUCUAGAGUGUAACUUUUUUUCAAAAUUAGCAGAACAGAUAUCUCUGCUCAUUCUCUUUAUACAUUUAGUUUUUUAAAGUUCCCCUAGUAUACCUGUUAGGCACUCUAAAUAGGACACAGUUAAAGCUAAAAGAAGGACCAGUUGCUCCCUAGAGCCUACAAUUCAGAACUAUCUUGUUGUCAUGUCCUGGUUUGGUUUGGUUUGUUUUUAACUCAACAAGUUGGAAACCAUGAGUUUAGAGCAAACUGUUUCCUUUUCUUAAGCUUAAAGAGAAUUUUUUUUUAAUCUUUAGCUCCUCAUUUAGGUAAUGAAGGCUUCCCUGAAAGACAGCAGUGCCCUUCUCUAGAAGAAGAGCCUGGGACCAAAAGCCUGAGUCUAUGGGUUGAGGAUUUUGAGCAUUCCUUUGACAAGCUUCUAUGUAUUUUUAAUAUAAGACUCAUAAAUGAACCUGAUGUGGUGUUCACGACCCAUCCCUUAAGCAUGCUUGCUUUUUUUAACUUUACUUUUUGAGUAUAGGACUUGUCUUGUUUUUCCUGGAGCCAUGCUAGGAUUUAAUUCCUAUGUGCCACUGCCCGCCCAUGUCCUGGAAGAUGGCCAUGCCUGCAGCAAUGCUCGUGUCUUGAGGAGAAGCAAUGUGAAAAGCAUCAGGAAAGCUGAACUUUACGUUCAAGUCAGCAAACAUUUGUGAGCAUUCUAGUAUGCUUGCGACCUUGACACUUUUUAAAAAUUAUCUUUUUAUUUGCUUCGAGUAUCAACCGUAUAGUUGACUCUAGUGCGGCAAAGGGAGUAGGGAUUAGAGCAAAAUUCGGACUUGCUGCCCCUGUGUGUCUCAGUUCUCAUGUCUCUCUGGGAAAUGUGUUGGCCCAAUUCCCUAUCUGCCACUCUGAGUCUCUUGAGUAAAUGUGUGUAAAUGAGAAAAAUUAUCUCAAAGAUUUAACUUAUUAUUUAGAUAUUUUCUUCUUUUUAAACUCAGGAAUAAACCUGGUUUGUAGAUAACAUAAUAUGGCUACUAGAGCUAUAAUUGGAUAGGUGACUAGAAGCAUUCUUUCAAAUAUAUUUCUUGUAAAGACAUUUACUUUUUUUAACUAGGAAAAGAAACUCCUCAUAUUAAAAUAAACAUUUCCAUAAGCACUUUCUAGAAGAGUGUAGCAUCCGUCUACCAUCCAUCCCAGAGUGUUUGUAUCUUGCUCAUAGUAUUUCAAAAAUUUUUAUGGGUGAAAAAAAUGCACAUUUUUUUAUUUAUUGGAAAAGUGUAUUGAGUUGUUGAAUUAAAUUCUCAAGUGGGACAAUUUAAUGUAAAGAGAAACAUUGGUUUUGGAGACAAGAGCACAGGGCUGUGGUCCCUGUUCCAGCAUUGACUUUACUGUGUGACCUCGAGCAAAUGAUUUAACUUCUCUGUGCCUCAGUUUCUCCAUAUACAAAAUGGGGAUAAUGAUACUAACCAUUGCCUACCUCAUAGAGAUGUUAUGGGGACAAACAAAAUAAUAGAGAUAAGCACGAAUGCUUUCAACUCUUCGGAAGAAAGGUGCUAUAUAAGUUGAAGUUGUGUUUUUAAUGAUCCAAUUAUUAAUUAUGUUUAGGGUUUAAAUAACAAUACUGUUAGUCAUGUUAAGAAUAAGUUUUGUUUUGAUGCAUAUUUCCACUUCUCUUCUGUGGCCAGAUCUUGAUCAUUCAACCAGUAAUGGUACCUGAGGAACUGAAAUGGGUAUUUGUUUUCUGUGUGUUUCUGCCGGUAGUAUUUCAAUUCUGAAUAUCCAGAAAAGACUGGAGUUUAACUUGUAAUAUCUUAUAGUUUACAUGUAAUAAAACUUAUUCAAGCUAUAUAUAAAAGUAUGAUUACAUGUAAAUAGCAGGUAUGUUGUAAUUAAAGGCACUUAUCAAAUUGUCUUUGUUCUUUUUUAAUUGUAAUAAAAGUCAGUUUUAUAUAAA